GUGUGUGUGUGUAUGUGUGCAUGUGUGCAUGUGAACAUUCGCAAUCGCUUCGGCAGCGGUCCACUGCACCUGGCAGCCUAUCGUGGCUAUCCGAACAUCGUCAAGUUCCUGCUGGAUCGCGGUGCCAAUCCCAACGUCCAGACGAGCACGGACCGAGAGGUUCCUCUCCACCAUGCUGCACUCAUGGGACACGCCGACGUGGCCAAGCUACUCGUCGAGGCCGGUGCCGACACGGCCAUGCAGUCUUUCUAUGACGUCACGCCGCUGAUAUGUGCGUCGGCUGCUGGAGAGCACUCAGUGGUUGAUGCCUUGCUGCAAUCCACCACGCCACCGGUCAGCCUGAAAGAGCAUGCCACGGCUAUGCUGCUCCUCGGUGCUGCUUAUGUUGAUCGGCACCAGAACCGAGCCAAAGCCGAGCAGAUCUGGUCGCAGGCUAUGACGAUAGAAGGUGGCAUGACCUUUGCACACGGCCAGCUGCCAAAGUACCGCAUCUACGACGACAUCCAGUUCCCGGAGUCGCGUGCCAAGCUCAAACACACGCUGGCAGAUGACUGGCAAGGGUUCAACCUGGCGUCCGCAAUACGGGAGCAUGUUCUGGGCCCUAGCAGUCAGGACACGAUACACUACCUGCGUUGCCGUGGCGCCAUGGAGGCGGACGCACGCCGUUACGUUAAGGCCAUGAAGCUCUGGCUGCACUGUCUGCGCCUGGAGAUGGACAGCGGGAAGAAAGGAACAACGCCGGGGGUGACAUCCACGUUGACGGCAUGUACAGAACUUCUGGUGGAGCAGAUACGCAACGAAGGUGAUGCCGACGUGAAGGCACUGUUCGAGGUUGUCUGGAGCAAUCUCCACCGCCACCCCCUCGGCGGUAUCGAGUGUGGGAAAACAGUGCGGAUCCUUCUCACGGUGCUCUACGUCUGGGACAAGCUAUCGUCCACCAUGCCGCACCACUUCGUGGCCUGUCGCGAGGCCGCCCAGCGUUUCGUCUACCAGCGUUUCGUCCUGCACAAAGGCUACAACAACUACACGCCGCUGCACUUGGUCUGCGACAAGAAGACCUUCGUCAGCGGCGCAAAGUCGCGCAAGAACUUCUGCCAGUUUCCUAGUCCGCCAUUACUCAAGCUGCUGCUGGAGUCGGGCGCCGAUCAGAUAAUCGAAGAGCGUGACAGUCGCGGAAACACCCCACUUCAUACGGCGGCGGCUAGCGGGAACGUGGGCUGUGUCCGCGAGAUGCUCUUCUAUCUGACUGCGAAGCAGGCAACGCUGACGAAUCAUUCCGGAGUGACUGCGGCCAGCAUCAGCUCCCAUAACACACCCAGUGAUAAGAUCCACAUGGUUAUUAAUGAGUUUGUGUCGCGAUGCAAGUAGCAGCAUGCUCGCAGU